AUCAGAACAAACCACGAAAAGAGACGAAGCAAAGAUGGAUUGUGGUCCUGUCAAAUAAUUAGUUUAUCUUGAAACUGUAUUGCUUUAAUUCGUAAUUAGGUCUGAAUUAACACAAAUUUUAAUUACAACAAUGGACUACCUAUCUAAUAUUAACUGGAACAAACUUACACCAUGUCUCGUGUUAUUAGUAUUAGAAGUUUUAUUAGAGUUUUCAGAAUGCUCGUCACAAGCGGAGGUGAACAAACACCUGGAGCUGGGGCGGGACUUCCUGGCGCGCGGACAGCUCUCCGACGCGCUCACUCACUACCACGCAGCGGUUGAGGGGGACCCACAUAAUUACCUUACAUACUUUAAAAGAGGCACAGUGUACUAUGCUCUGGGUAAAGCAAAGUUUGCAUUACAAGACUUCACCAAGGUGUUGGAGAUGAAAGCAGACUUCACAGCAGCCCGCCUGCACCGCGCCAACGUCUACCUCAAACUAGCACAGUAUUGGGAAGCCAAAGAAGAUUAUCUACAAGUUACGUACAGUGAGCCGUACAAUGAAGAAGCGGCGAGCAUGUACCACCGGGUGGACGAGCUGGCGGAGGACCUUCGCCUGGCGGAGGCGUACUACCGCGGGCGCGACUACCGCGCCGCCGCCGACCUCGCCACGCGCCUGCUCGAGGUGUCGCCCUGGUCCGCGCAGCUGAGGCAACUGCGCGCCGAGUGCUACAUUGCAUUGGAUGACCUGUUCUCCGCGGUGUCGGACAUCAGGUCCGUGAACCGGCUGCAGCAGGACUCCACGGCGGGCUACCACCGCCUCGCCACGCUGCUCUACCAGCUGGGCCACGUCAGCGACGCGCUCAAGGAAAUCCGCGAGUGCCUGAAGCUGGACCCGGAGCACAAGCAGUGCUUCCCGCUGUACAAGAAGCUGAAGAAGGUGGACAAGCUGCUGCUGCAGUGCGAGGAGCAGGCGGCGGCGCGCGACUACGGCGGCUGCAUCGCCAGCGCCGAGCGCGUGCUGGCGGCGGAGGACGAGGUCACGCUCGUGGUGUACGAGGCGCGCAAGAGGCUCUGCAGCUGCUACGCGAAGGAGGAGCAGUUCGCGGAGGCGCUGUCGCAGUGCGCGCAGGCGCUGGCGCUGCAGCGCGAGCCCGCCACGCUGUGCGACCGCGCCGACGCGCUGCUCGGCCUCGACAUGUUCGACGACGCCAUCCACGCGUACAAGGAGGCGCUGGAGCUGGACGAGGGCUUCCAGCGCGCCAAGGACGGGCUGGGCCGCGCGCAGAAGCUGCAGAAGCAGUCGGAGCAGCGCGACUACUACAAGAUACUCGGCGUCAAGCGGUCGGCCAGCAAGCAGGAGAUCGUGAAGGCGUACCGCAAGGCGGCGCAGAAGUGGCACCCCGACAACUUCCAGGGGGACGAGAAGAAGAUCGCCGAGAAGAAGUUCAUCGACGUCGCCGCCGCCAAGGAGGUGUUAACAGAUCCGGAGAAGCGCGCGCAGUUCGACGCGGGCAACGACCCCCUGGACCCCGAGGCGCAGCGCGGCGGCGGCUUCCACGGCAACCCCUUCCACCACUUCCAGCACGGCUCGCCCUUCCAGUUCAAGUUCCACUUCAACUAACGGAGCCUUGCGCCGACUGAGCUGAUCUCUGGACUACGGAGUGCUGAGGCGUUUGUGCUCGUCAAACUAUUGUUGACUCUGCUGGCAUUCAAAUAAAGUUGAAAAUCGAUUGAUAUUUAAGCUCUAAUCGCUUUUCGGAGAUUUGUGACGUUUGACAUUACGCCGUAUCUUCAGAUACAAUGUUUUGUAUAUGAGGUUAUUUAAAAUAUUUUUUUGAGACUCAAAUACUGGGAAAAUAUUGUGAUUUCUUGAAAAAUUAUGUUUUUAGAUACAGUAUUUUGCUAUGGUAUGCUAGUUCUCUUGGAACUCUGUUCAGUGGGCCGGUUGAGGGCCUCUAGGAAAGUCUUCCCCGGGUCAGCAUGUCAGUAAUAGUUUGACAGUAAUAAAUGUAUGUCUGCGCCUUGAAGAGCGAUGUCGACUGCUAGAGGUAUAAGGUUGACCGCAAUAUUGACAAUAUAUUGUCAAUAAGGAUGGGUUUUUGUUAGAAAAUAAAACUGUAAUAAUAUUAAGUCCGCCAAACUUGCUUUGUUCAGUUGUUGUUUGUCCAGACGAGGUUGGCGUGCAGUGAUAAUGGGCAACUUUACCCUACUUUUGUCAAUAUAACUAACUUUACCCUACUUUAUUCACAUUAUAUUGACAAAAUUUAUUUGGUGUGUGAGCAACCUUAUACCAUCGAUCAACAAUUUAGUACAACUUUCCUGAAAAACACUUCCAAGUUUUUUUUUUUAUAAAUAUUUGCCAUAUUUUUUAUAAUAUGACCAAUAUUCCCGACCAACUAGUCGGGAAAGACUGUGCUAGGAGUGGGUACGACAAUAGAUCAACGGGUUGAGGAUUGAACCGCCACUCCUCGGUGAUGAGUCCAACCACUCUUACUGUUGAGCUAUUGAGGCUUUUGUUAAGUUACAAAUACUUUUGCAACUAACAACUAAUAUGAAUUUCUGUUCUACUUUAUUUUCAUCAAUGGCUAUAUUUCAAUUCGUAAUAAUUACGAAUCUGUACCAUGAAUGAAAGCCUUGUUUUGUUACCUUUUAUAACUAACUAGUUAAAUAAAUUGGGUUGGGGAGCCACAAGUACUUUUAAAUAGUAUAUUUCCUGCAUAGUUUCCUAGUAGAAUAAAUUAGUUUAUUUUUCCAACAUGGCGAAUAUUUUAUGUUUUUCUAGUCAGACUAUAGUAAAUUGUUGAUUAGCUUAGCUCGACUUGACCGACAUUGGAGAUAAGUGAUGAUUCGUUCGUUAUUUAUAUACAACGUGUGCUUAUUAGGAUAUGAUGUGUAAAUAUUGUACAGAACGCCUUACAUACUUUAUACGGAAUUCAUGAUUGCAUAUCUGCUUUGCAAGAUUUCGACGUUUCGAACGAAAAUUAGUUAGAACCCUAGUAUGACACAUAACUUUUGUAAUUUUAACUGUAGUAAUUCGUACUAGGGGCGCGAUAGUACAACCUUACUUUUGCGUUAAUGCAGAAUUAGUUGUUAAUAAAUUAAAUACAUCAAAAAAUUGAUUCUAAGCAGCCGAGUAGAGCUAUUUUGAACUUGUUUCAGAUUUAAUCUAAACAUAUCCAGUCAUUGCAUCUUAGUACAUUAUUUAUAUUUAAUUUUGUUAUUUCUCAUAUUGUGUACCUAAUUAUUUUUUAUAAUUUUACAUUUGUAAAACACUGUUAAAUUUAUUGCAUGCUAAAAUUAAUAAUUAAAAUGCAAAUUCGAGCACCACUGCAGAAAUACAUGAAUGGUGUCGGUGUGUCUUAAUAUUUAUCACUUAAUAAAACAAUACAAAGUCAAAAAUAUGCACUUUUUGUUAAAACAAGGCACUAAUUAAUAAAAAAUAGAUAAUGUAACAGACAUGCUUGCUGUGCAAGUUGCCAUAAUAACUGUCUUGUGUAAUUUACGGAAUGUUAUUUAUUGCUAAUACAACAUAAUAUAGUUGAUAUGCCUGCAUCGAAAUUGUGCAUUAGAUCGUCCAAAAUAAAUCUAAUUCGUAAUGCCGAUUGCCGGCGUUUGUAUUUCUUACGAUCUAUAAUUUAUAAAUAGUAAGAAGUGUAAUAUCUAUAAUAGGCUAGUUGACAAUACGAGCAAAAACGCUGUCGGCCAUACUAUGGUCUAUAUUUCAACUGUUUCAUGACGUCACGUGAACAAAUCCAAUCCAAAAGCUGUUUAAAACAAAACAAUUAGCUUGACAUUUAUUACAUCAGUCACAGAAAUGGACUAUUGUCCUUUACGAAAUAAAUAUUGUUUAUAUUCAAUUUGAUAUGAGUCAACUAUCCUGUUUAUAGAAUGCUCUAAAAAAAUACAUGUUUCAAGAUAAAUUUAUACAUUAGCCGUAUGGGAUUAUAAUUUAUAUAACGCUUGACUAAUCAAAAUAGUGUUUUUGUAUGAAGAAUAAAAAUGAUUAAGUUUAAAAGCCGUGCACGCAUUCGUUACAUUGUCUCUGGUUUGUCGAGUACGAGUUUUUGUACCUAUCCGAUAGAUGGCGUGAAACUUGACAACUUCGGACUGUUAACCGUUGUUGUAACUAGAUAUCGCAUAUUUAUAUUAACACUCAAAUUGUCCGAUUUCAGUUGUUGUGAUAUUGUAAAUGAUCUAAGACCUAUUCCGAUGUAUAUGUUACCGUUAAAUUGUAAAAUACGUUAGUUUAUUAUCUCACUCGUAAUAUUAUAAUUUACCAUUAUAUUGUGUACUGAAAAUACUGAUAACAAUUUAAAGUGUUAUUUUUCAGUAUAUAAUAAUUUAUCGGAAGUGAAACCUAAGACGUUAAAUUGUAAUCAGUAUUUUCAGUUCAUUAUAUGACGGUAGAUUAUAAUAUCACGAGUGAGAUUAUAAACUAACGUAUUUUACAAUCUAACGGUGACAUAUAUAUGAGAUAAAGAAUUAGAACAAACAACAUUGCUUAGGUCGAGAACACAAACAUUUCUCAAUCGGGUUGCAAUAGCUUCGCAAUGAUAGAACGGACUCAUGGUUGAUUCUAUAGCUACAUUAUUUUAAUGGUUCUAUAAAUUAAAGCAAGAUAUUAUUUCCAGUGCGAUGUGACGUCUUGCACCGUUUUCUAUCUGUUGAUGUGCCAGCUUACAAUAAUCCGGAUAAUGUUUAUAUGACUGAUAAGAACGGAACUUCUAGAACCAACUUACUUAGACGACCUCAGUCCGACUAUGUGUUUGUUUGCGUUCUUUAUCUGACAUGAUUUCCUGUAAGACAAUACAUAAUUUAUAUUACUUUAUUCGCUUUACAUAAUAUAUUGCCAGUUACAAAUGACAGAUUGCUAGUCUUAAUACAAAGCCAAGGCGAGGUCUCACAUUGGCUACUAUCGCUUGAACAGUGUGACUGAUUGACUGAUGGGAGUUUGUACUUAUUUGAUCCAACGACAUUUUAUACUAUAGACAUGUUACGUGCCUACAAAAUCGCCGCAAAAAGUGAGCCGAAUUUUAUGUUUAAUUUUCUUUGCGAUUCAAUGAAAUGUGGUCAAUUAGCCGCUUUUGUUCGCAUCAGCUUCGAUGUGCUAAUGACUAAUCCAUUAUAAAAUCUUUGAUUGGAUCAUGUAAAAGUAAACUUGAAUAUCAUGUCGAAUUGAAACAGCGCCAUCUACUUACGGAUUGUGUUAUCUCUUGUUGCAACUAGAUGGCGUAGUUUUAAUUUCAUUUAAAUUCAAGUUUUUGUAUCAAUGUUCAAUUAUAGUCACACAAAAAGUUGACGCUAUUUAUAGUUUUUCUCGCCUUUUUUACUGCAGCGAUACUAAUCAAUGUGAGGUCAACCGAUAGUUCAGAAUAUUAAUUAAAUAUUUAUUACAGAGUCUAAUAUUAUUUGUUUUAUAAUAAUAGAAAUGCAAACCAAAAUAAUUGGUUGAAAACUUCGAGCCGGUUUUAAUCGACUCCAACUGUAUUACAUUUUAAACUAGAAAGUAAAAUUCAUUAUGCACCAGAAUUCUACUUUAUCUUCUAAUUCAUUCGGUUAAUGAAUCCGACCCUUACUGUUGAUUAUUGCACAAAUACCGACUAAAGCAAGCUACUUCAAAAUAAUAAUAAUGUUAUACUAUAGUCUGACGAGUUCGUGGAUGACACUCCCAUGAUAUGCGGGCGACGGGGGAAAUACUGCGCGUGUGUGAAAUCAAUCACAAAAAGUGGAAAGGGAAGUGAGUUGCAUCAGUUUUCAUUCAUCGCUACACGCCCCCCUGCCCGCGCAGAUCAUGGGUGGUGUUACGAACGAAGCCAAGCUAUAAAUCAUGCAACAAUAAUAAUAAUUAGCAUUUUCUAAGCUCCGUCCUUUGGUAAUAAAACUACCAAAAUAUUUAAUGCAGUUGGAGUCGGUUGAAUUUAAUAAUUUGAUAUUUAUUAAUUUGUUAUUGAUUCUAGUUUUAUUUUGCGAUCCCAGGCGACAGGCAAGUGUGAUAGACACGUAGACUAGAUGGAGUACUGUCGCUGUUGCUGGUUCUCUCAGUCACAAUAAAUGUACUGAUUUGUAAUUCUGUUACAGAUUUGCUUUAAUAUACUUUCCUGGUUAUCAUUAUUUAAAGCACUAUUGGUAUAGUUUGGCAAGUUCGAUUAUGACACUCCCAUGAUAUGCGGGCGACGGGGGUGAGACUGCGCGGGUGUGAAAUCGUCCGUGCGGGGAAAUGAGGAGCAUUAAUCGUGGGUUUUUCAUUCAUCGCUACACGCCCCCCGGCCCGCGUGGACCAUUGGGAGUGUUACGAACGAAGUUGCCAAGCUAUAGAUCUCACGAGCCGUUGCUCGCGUGUAACUAGUGACGACAGAGGAGCGGGCGAGGGAUGCGUUGUUCACUCAUUCAUUCACAGUCGCUCGUCUUUGACGUCAUAGUUCUGCACUUUACGUCAUUCGCUCAGAUAAAGGUAUUCUAUUUUUUCGAAACAUGGUUCGACUUUAUUUGUACAUAGAAAGGUGUAGUCAGGCGUUUGUAUGUGUGAAACUGAAGGUACAUCCGCGAACUAUAAACCUGUUUAUAAAAUGUCUUAUGACUGUAAAUGUGACAUAUCUGUUGUGUCCACUAUUCGUUAGUUUAGUUAUACAAACGUUUGUACUACUACAUCCAAAGUGAAACCGUCUUCCUGAAAUAGAAUAACUCUAUAUGCGUUUACCCAUUCAGUGAACACACCAAUAACACAAAUUGUGAGGCAAGAUGUAAAGGAGAGCUAUAAAUAAAGAAAGUGCGUGGUUCAGUUUGUUUAUAAAUAUUUAUUGAAAUAAGUUAUUUGUUGAGAUUCUAUGUGAAACCAACAUUGUAAAUAUUCUAGAAUAUAAGGAUUUAUGAGAA